AUGCCCUUCACAGUGGAAAAGGAGGGCAACGAAGUGUUGGGGACAGAAGAAGAAAAACUUGCACGGAAGAGGAAAAAUGCUAGAUUGAGGCAACAGAAGAAGAGGAGUUUGGAAACCCCGGAACAAAAAUCUGCACGAAACGCAAGCAAUGCAGCACGUCAAGUCAAGAAUAGGAGUAUGAAACAAUUUAACAUGACGCCGGCAAAGACGGAAGAAGGACCGGCGCACAACCUUGGAUUGCAACACAGGCCUGACAUGUCAUUGACCAAAGACAACAAAGAACAACCGGCACGUCACAGUAUGGAGGACGAAAGAGGUGAGGUACCAGAGAGGAUGCAGAGCUUCCACCAGCUUGGAUUGCAACACAGGCCUGACAUGUCAUUGACCAAAGGCAACAAUGGCAUGGCAUGCGAUGAAUCGCUGGAUCAAGAGGGUGCACACAAGGACAUGUCAUUGACCAAAGGCAACAAUGGCAUGGCAUGCGAUGAAUCGCUGGAUCAAGAGGGUGCACACAAGGACAUGUCAUUGACCAAAGACAACAAUGGCAUGGCAUGCGAUGAAUCGCUGGAUCAAGAGGGUGCACACAAGGACAUGUCAUUGACCAAAGGCAACAAUGGCAUGGCAUGCGAUGAAUCGCUGGAUCAAGAGGGUGCACACAAGGACAUGUCAUUGACCAAAGGCAACAAUGGCAUGGCAUGCGAUGAAUCGCUGGAUCAAGAGGGUGCACACAAGGACAUGUCAUUGACCAAAGGCAACAAUGGCACUGCACGCAAGAAAAACUCAAUACGAGAAGAGCUGAUGAUCUACCCAGUGGACAUGCGGUUUCUCAAUGAAGUGGAAAAGCAGUUUGACAUAACAAGAAUGGUUGGAUCCGGAACAUUCGGGGAGGUAUAUGCGGCCUACGACAGGGUAAAUGGUCGCCGAGUAGCAAUCAAACGAUUGUUACCAUUUCACAGACUCGAUGCGUACAAGGAGGAACAAAGGUUUAUAUCGAGCUUGAAUGGAAAAUCCAACAUUGUACAGAUAGUGAAAUGUCCGCCACUGGCUCCUGAUGGGAUAAUCCUUAUCGAGGAGCAGCAGGCUUUGAUUUUUGAAUACUUGGAACAUGACAGGCCCUCGGUUUACGUCAAAGAUUUGACCAUGAGCGAGAUUGCCCACUACAUGAAGAAUUUGUUUGUUGCUUUGCGCUCUGUACAUGCCCUCGGGAUUAUACAUCGAGACAUUCCACCAUUGGACCUGCAUCUCAGCUAUGCCCGUGGUUUGAAGCAAACAUGGCGGACCUUGUCAAGCUCCCUGGGCGCGGAUGCGGGAUGCAAGGGCUGGCUGGAGGUGGAUGAGGAACAUGCGAUCUGGGACUUCCUCAACCGCUGCCUCGACAUCGAUCCUCGCACGAGAAUGACAGCAGAGGAGGCUCUGAAGCAUCCCUUCCUGGUUAGUGCUGAACCCUAA